AUGCGAGAGCUGGCGUGCGAGUUAAUAGUUGCGACACCAGCGUCGGGAGAACUAUCCACCACGUUUGUUUGUGUAGGAUGCCCUAUGGAGGUGGCAGGCCGUAGGUUCAAGGUGAAUCUCAUAUGCUUACCAAUGGAAGGGUUGGAUGUGAUUCUGGGUAUGGAUUGGUUGGCCAGCAACCAUGUGGUAAUCGAUUGCGGACAACGCAAGGUGGUAUUCCCAGAUGCAGAAGGACUGGAAUUGAUAUCAUCCAACCAAGCAGAGAAGGAGAUUGAAGCGGGAGCUACAUGUUUUAUGAUAGUAGCUCAAACGGAGAAGAAGAGUACUGUAGAGAAGAUUAGUAUGAUUCCAGUGGUAGAUGAAUACGCAGAUGUCUUCCCUGAUGAAAUCCCAUAA